AUGGCGGGAUCGGCGGCGCGGUGUUCACGCGGUGGCGGGCGGUGUCCCGUGGCGACGUAUGGGAUUGCGGUGGUCAGGGAUCCUGGGAGCGUUCCGAGCUCGUUCGUGCCGGAUAUCGAGGAUACUUCGAGUCCAGUGCAUGAGAUCAAGAGGAAGGGUGGAGACUUGAGAUAUUGUCAAAAGUGCUCUCAUUAUAAACCUCCUCGUGCGCACCAUUGUCGUGUUUGCAAAAGGUGUGUUCUGAGGAUGGACCAUCACUGUGUCUGGAUAAAUAAUUGUGUUGGGCAUGCAAAUUACAAAGUUUUCUUAGUUUUUGUGUUGUAUGCUGUGAUUGCCUGCAUUCACUCUAUGGUUCUUCUCUUUGGCAGUGUUGUUCAUGAUAUGCACAAGGAUCAACAGCAGAAUGGAGGCUCUUUUAGGACAUCAUAUAUUAUUUGUGGUGUUUUGCUUAUUCCCCUUACAUUGGCGUUAAGUGUUCUUUUGGGUUGGCAUAUCUAUCUGAUCUUGCAUAAUAAGACAACUAUAGAGUAUCAUGAAGGAGUGAGGGCCAUGUGGUUGGCAGAAAAAGUUGGAAAUAUUUAUAGACAUCCAUAUGACCUUGGUGUCUAUGAUAACCUAGUUUCGGUUCUCGGUCCAAACAUAUUCUGUUGGCUUUGCCCCAUAACAAGACAUAACGGUUCUGGUGUCCGUUUCAGGACUUCUUAUGACCUAACAUUUCCCGCGACGCCAAGGUAAUUGAUCCAGCAGUGGGAAAAUUUACUCUGCAGUUCAUCUAACUAGUCACCCAUCUGCAUAUACAAAAGGAAAAAAAAAGAGAAGAAAAAAAAAAGUUUACCAUACAAGCACAAAGUGGGGAGUUACUCUGUUUCCAUCUACCCACCGUGUAAAUUUCCGAGACGUAGAAGGUAAGUUUGUAUCCAAAGGGUAGGUAAUAAUCUAUUUGCUGUGUUGUAGUUGUACUUCGUCUGAGUUGCGGUUUUGUAAUGUGGUUCUUAGACGUUAUAAAGAGAGUCGAGAAAGUGCAGUUUUCUUCGCAUCAUUAUGUUAGGCUUUCUCUAGGUGUUUGUGUAAUGUAAAGUGUAGACAAUAUAUAAUCUGUAAAAGGGAGAUGUAUCAGUUUUCAGUUGGUGGGAGUAAUUAUAAUUGGGGUCCCUAAGAGCA